GCGGGGAGAGCUGCUGGGGUGGUGAUACUUUGACUGGAGGGCAGAAGCUUUAAGCGGAGAGAGGUUCGGUCCGACAUCUGCGUCUCUCUGCGGGGAAACGGGCAGAAACAGGUGGCCAUGAGCGGCAGGGCCAGCAAAGAGGCGGUGCAGGCUGCGGCCCGAGAACUCCUCAAGUUCGUGAACAGGAGCCCUUCUCCUUUCCACGUUGUUGCCGAGUGCCGAAGCCGCCUACUCCAAGCUGGCUUCCAUGAACUCAAGGAGACCGAGACCUGGGAUAUCAAGCCCAAUAGCAAGUACUUCCUGACCAGGAACUCGUCCACCAUCAUUGCUUUUGCUGUGGGAGGCCAGUAUAUUCCUGGCAAUGGUUUCAGCCUCAUUGGGGCCCACACGGACAGCCCCUGCCUCAGGGUAAAACGGCGAUCACGCCGUGGCCAGGUGGGCUUCCUGCAGGUUGGUGUGGAGACCUAUGGUGGUGGGAUCUGGAACACCUGGUUUGACCGUGACCUGACCUUGGCUGGACGCGUCAUUGUCAAGUGCCCUAUCUCAGGCAGUCUGGAGCAGCGGCUGGUGCAUGUGGACCGGCCCGUUCUUCGCAUCCCGCACCUGGCCAUCCAUCUGCAGCGAAAUAUCAAUGAGAACUUUGGGCCCAACACGGAGAUGCACUUAGUCCCUAUUCUUGCCACAGCAGUCCAGGAGGAGCUAGAGAAGGGGACUCCUGAGCCAGGGUCUCUCAAUGCUGCAGAUGACCGGCACCACUCAGUCCUCAUGUCUCUUCUCUGUGCCGAUCUGGGCCUGAGCCCUGAGGACAUCGUGGAGAUGGAGCUCUGCCUUGCAGACACCCAGCCUGCGGUCCUAGGUGGUGCUUAUGAGGAGUUCAUCUUUGCCCCUCGACUGGACAAUCUGCAUAGCUGCUUCUGUGCCCUACAGGCCUUGAUCGAUUCCUGUGCAGCCCCUGAUUCCCUGGCCACAGAUCCCCACGUGCGCAUGGUUGCCCUCUAUGACAACGAAGAGGUGGGGUCUCAGAGUGCCCAGGGGGCGCAGUCGCUGCUGACGGAGUUGGUGCUACGGCGGAUCUCAGCCUCACCCCAGCACCUGACAGCCUUCGAGGAAUCCAUACCCAAGUCCUUCAUGAUCAGUGCAGACAUGGCCCACGCCGUGCACCCCAACUACCUGGACAAGCAUGAGGAGAACCACCGGCCCUUAUUCCACAAGGGCCCUGUGAUCAAGGUGAACACCAAUCAACGCUAUGCCUCAAAUGCAGUUUCAGAGGCCCUGAUCCGCAAGUUGGCCAAUAAUGUCGGGGUACCCCUGCAGGAUGUUAUGGUCCGGAACGACUCCCCCUGUGGGUCCACCAUUGGACCUAUCUUGGCUUCUCGGCUGGGGCUGCGAGUACUGGAUUUAGGCAGCCCGCAGCUGGCCAUGCACUCCAUCCGGGAGACAGCCUGCACCACAGGAGUGCUGCAGACCCUCACCCUCUUCAAGGGCUUCUUUGAGCUCUUCCCUAUUCUGAGCCGUAACCUCUUUGUGGAUUGAGGCCUCUUGGAAACACUUCUCUUGCACUUGAGAGGGGGCGUUCUCAGCUGAGCUGAAGCUGGAUUAUUAAAGUGGAUUUUUCACGCA